AUGUACUGGAGGGGAGCUGUGACGAGUUUUGUGAGGGGCAUGUCACGCCACCGCCAUCGCGCCUGUGAGAAGGUGACAUUGGGUGUUGACGUCCGGACGUUUUACACGGUGACCCCUUUGCUGAUGGGUCAGUGCGCACAAAAGGUAAAGUUUUCUCUUGAUGCUUUGCCACCGAAUCUGCAGCAGGAGUUUUGCUGUGAAGAGAACGCUCGGAACCUGAGGCACAUGCUUACGCGUCCGCUGGGCACCGCUGCAUCUUCUGCUGAACGCGUCAUAAAUGUCUUGCCUUCGUGGGUGCAUGUGGUAGCAUGGCAGUGCAAUGCGUGCGGGUGCCACUGGUCUGCUCGUCCAGUGGAUCGAACGGACCCGCAGGUAUCGUCCUUUUAUGCCUGCCCACAAUGCGUCUCUGGCGCAAGCUUAGAACGGACGUCGUCGUCGCAUUUGCCGCGACCUUGUGUACGGCGGCUUGCUGAGGUGCAUCCGCUUCUUGCGGCGCAAUGGGAUGAAUGCCGCAACGCCGUCAUUCACAACCGCGUUUUUUUUGAGUCUGUGGCUGAUGUGCCGCUACCGUGCAGCACUGUGGUGUGGUGGGCGUGCCCGCAUUGCCAGAGGUCAUGGAAAGAGUCUGUUGAUUCUCGUGUGCACCGGUACGAGCAACAGAAGAAUAAUAAAGAUGGGGAUGACGAACGUGGCACGCUUCCGUUGUGCCCUCUAUGCGAGAGGUGUGGUGUUUGCAGUUCUGUUCCUUCUGCCUCAACUUUGUCCCCAUCCUCAUCUGCGUUACCACAGCAGUGUGAAGAAGGAAAGAGUGCGGUGGGGACAAAGCGUUUCUUAAAGGACGAUGCGGUGCUACUUGCAGAAGCGCUGUUGCAGUCGCACGAUGACCCCGCGGCACUCGCACUACACAGCAACAAACCUCUCCGGUGGAGGUGCCGCUGGUGUACACAUGAGUUCACAGCCUCAAUGGCGGAUCGUUUUCUCCGCUACUACCGCUGCCCACAGUGCACGGGUGCUGUGGCCACCCCACUCAAUCUUCUUUGUAUUCAGCGCCCAGACGUACUCCGAGAGGUGGCGCGAAAUGUGUCUAGGUCAAAGUUAUUGAAGAUGACUAUUCAUGACAACACCGUGGUGACAUUUGUGUGCCGCACAUGUAUGUCGCCUUAUUGCAUGUCUGUGCGACUGCGUUGCAUGCUGCAGCGUGGGGCCACAGCUUGCCCAAAAUGUCUUUGGAACCGUUCGCAGUUUGCGAAGGAGGUGGCUGUGGCCAAUGUGCAGCGCGGCGCAUCCACGGCGACUCCGCGUUUGUCAAUGAAGAACCUUCGUUUGAAGCGACGUUGUCGGGACACCUUUGACACAGUGUUGAAUGAGCUCCGUCAACGUGAUCCCGACCUGAUGAACUAA